AUGUCAUUCUUCGGUGGUGCAGGUCAACAACAACAAACCAUUAACCCUCAAAAUAUUGCUAUGGCUGAGCAAGAAUUAGAAAUGGUCACUGAUUUAUUCAACAAGAUUGUUGACUCUUGUCAUGCCAAAUGUAUCAAACUAGAUAACAGCAGCUCUUCAGGAGAAUUGACAGCACAAGAUCAAUCCUGUAUCGACAACUGUGUAGCUAAAUUUUUCGAUGUAAAUACUCGAGUUGGAGAAAAAAUGCAAAAGAUGGGU